AGACUUACUCAACCCUUCAUAUUCUUCUUCCUUCUUCCUCAAAUGGGAAGGGAACCCCAACUUUCUCUUUUUACUUUUUCCCCAUUUCUCUCUUCCCUUUCCCUUCCAUUUUCUCCCAACUUUCUUCCUUUCCAUUCUUCCCACCCCAAUGGGGAACUGCUUAGCUUCUUCUGCUAAAGUUCAAAAUGCCCACACCUCCCAAGGAACUCACGAGAUCUCCCAAAAUUCAAGCAAGCGACAUCCAUUAGUGCCUUCCAACCUUCCUAACUCAUUGUUGGAUAGGAAUAAAAAUGUACCAAGUCUUCCCACACCAAAAACAGAAGGUGAAAUACUGUCAUCUUCGAAUUUGAAGCCUUUCUCUUUCAAUGAGCUCAGGAAUGCUACUAGAAAUUUUCGACCCGACAGCCUGCUAGGUGAAGGGGGAUUUGGUUAUGUUUUCAAAGGAUGGAUUGAUGAAAACACAUGGGCCGCAGCAAGGCCGGGAUUAGGAAUGGUUGUUGCAGUCAAGAAGCUUAAGCCCGAAGCAUCCCAAGGCCACAAAGAGUGGUUGACAGAAGUUAAUUAUUUGGGCAAAUUUCAUCAUCCAAAUCUAGUUAAGCUGAUUGGGUAUUGCUUGGAAGGCGAGAACCGAUUAUUGGUAUACGAGUUUAUGCCAAGAGGGAGCUUGGAGAAUCAUCUCUUCAGAAGGGGUUCCCAACCUCUUUCUUGGGCAUUGAGGAUCAAAGUGGCUAUAGCUGCUGCCAGAGGGCUUUCCUUUCUCCAUGAAGCCGAAUCGCCUGUUAUAUAUCGCGAUUUUAAGGCAUCUAACAUCCUACUUGAUGCGGAAUUUAAUGCAAAGCUUUCUGAUUUUGGUUUGGCGAAGGCUGGUCCAACUGGAGAUAGAACUCAUGUAACUACUCAAGUUAUGGGGACCCGUGGCUAUGCUGCACCCGAAUAUAUUGCUACAGGUCGACUAACAUCCAAAAGUGAUGUUUAUAGCUUUGGAGUUGUGUUGCUCGAAUUGUUGUCAGGUCAACGUGCUGAGGACAAUCUUGUUGACUGGGCAAGCCCGUAUUUGGGUGAUAAAAGAAGGUUAUUCCGAAUUAUGGACACCAAACUCGAAGGACGAUAUUCUAAAAAAGGAGCUUAUGUAGCUGCAAAUUUAGCUUCACAAUGCCUUAGGAAUGAACCAAGGGCCCGACCUCGAAUGGCAGAAGUUUUGGGUGCAUUGGAGGAACUUGAAUCCCCCAAAACUCCAGCUAGAAUCUCACAUUCAGUUCAACAUACUCCUACUUUGUCAAACUCAAACACCGAUGGGUCUCUUUCGACACCGCAUCAGAAGUCACCACAACAAUAAUAAUGAAGAUGUAUUGAAUAGAGCCUUCUAAGAUUUGAGCUGGGUAAAAAUCUUUCAUAACGUCCGUGCUACUGCCAAAUAUUGAUUAAUUUUUGUUUAUAUUAUGAUUUUAGUUAACGAAACAUAGAGGAAAUUGAAUAGUUUCUUAAGUAAGUUUAGAGUAUCAACAUGUAUAACACAAUACAAAAUUGCAGACUAAUAUAGUUCCUUUUGUAAUUCUUUAAAAAUGAUGCAAUAUACGCAAUUAUUAAUCUUAAA